GACUGCCCUUGUGGAGAGUUGUUUCAGACACGUGAGCACAUCUUGCGUGAAUGCCCCCUCUACGAAGAGCAAUGGGGGAUCCUCUGGAAUGUGUCAAGGACUGUAUACCUACCAGACACCCUUGGCUCCAAGGAAGAAAUCACAGCACUGAGCGAGUUCAUGGAAAACACAGGAGCAUUCACCCAGAUGGGA